GUCUCUUACUUAGCCAACACGUCGGAACCACAUUGGUUUUUGAAACAUCAUAUAGAGCGACAGAAUUAUGUUGCUCAGAGGCGCGGCUCUUCCCGUAUUGAUUGCGGUUUUUACAUUAUUCACUCCGCCAACAAUAUCCGCUCCCCCGGAAAAUCAGAAUGCCGUUAGCAACUGUCCUAGCACAAGUUUGAUCAGCUCGGCAAAACUGCUGUCCAAUGGCAAGAAGUACUUCUUCAAAACGAAUGGGCUGACUUGGAACAAGGCAAAGAAACAUUGCGAGGACAAUAAAAUGCAUCUGCCAUCAAUUAAAUCUUUAGCACAGCUGGAAGAAAUACACGCAACAGCCAAAGCCAUCGAUGGAAAUAUUUGGUGGGUAGCCGCCAACGAUGUCGGACGUGGACCUGGCAACUUCAAAUGGGAAAACGGGAAAGAUUUGGCACUGGACAGUUCGUGGUGGAGGGAAGGACAGCCGCGAUCGUAUCGCACAGCAAACGAGUCUUGCGUCUUUUUCUCCACUCAUUUCGAUGAAAAACUGUGGGACGGCGAUUGCAACUUCAUUUACUACUCUGUUUGUGAGCUGAAUGACGGCUGCUGAUUUUUUCCAAUGAAAAUACGUCGAAUGUACUCGAAACUUCUCUAUACAAAUUAAGCUGACAGACAUAUUAACAAACUCGUCACGUACGUUAUUCUGCAUUAAAAAAGUGAUUAACAAUUAA